CUGCUCACUGGCAUCGCCGUCAGUAGGGGUUGUAGUCCUAACGCCCAACGGGCGUCCGGUCCGUCUGCUUUGUUUUUCUGGGUUCUCAACUUCUCACAAUGGAACCAGGAAUAAAAUUGUAAACCAGUUUGGCGCUUUUUCUCCCAAGUUAUAACAUCACGUGUUUCUCCGUCCCCGCCUAUCUCUCUGUAUUUGUUGGAAACUGCAUUGCAAAUCCAAGCAAGCGGGGACUAGGGUUUUUUUUUUCGCCGGUGUCAUGGCUUCUCAUUCCCAUAUCGACGACGAGGAUGAUUUCGGUGGUGACUAUCCUGGAGCUCACAGCACCAGACGUUCAAGUAACAAAAGAAGUUUUGGAGAUCUCGACGAUGACGAUGACGACUUUUUCGGCUCUAAGAAGGGAAACUCAAAAAUAGAGGAAACUGCACCUGGUGUUGCCACAGGAAUGAUUUUGUCUCUUCGAGAAAGUCUUCAGAAUUGUAAGGAUACCCUUGCAACCUGCCAGACUGAGCUUGAAGCAGCAAAAUCAGAGAUUCAGAAAUGGCAUUCUGCGUUUCAGAAUGAACCUGCUAUACCUAUAGGCACAUCUCCAGAACCUGGGUUAGUGGUUAGUUAUCUUCAAACCUUGAAAUCCUCAGAGGAAUCACUGAAAGAACAGCUUGAGAAGGCAAAGAAAAAAGAAGCUGCCUUUGUUGUAACUUUUGCAAAACGUGAGCAGGAGAUAGCAGAACUGAAGUCUGCAGUUCGCGAUUUGAAGGCACAAUUGAAACCACCAUCAAUGCAGGCAAGGAGGUUAUUACUUGAUCCAGCAAUACAUGAGGAGUUUACACGUUUAAAGAAUUUGGUUGAGGAGAAGGAGAAGAGAGUAAAAGAGUUGGAAGAUAAUGUUGCAGCUGUCAAUUUUACUCCUCAAAGCAAGAUGGGGAAAAUGCUAAUGGCCAAAUGUAGGACCCUACAAGAGGAAAAUGAAGAGAUUGGAACAUUGGCUUCAGAAGGAAAGAUCCAUGAAUUAGCAAUGAAACUUGGUUUACAGAAGUCACAAAAUGCAGGGCUCAGAAGUCAAUUUGAAGGUUUAUGCAAACACAUGGAGGGUUUAACAAAUGACAUGGAGAAAUCGAAUGAGAUGGUACUUAUCUUACAACGAAGACUAGAAGAGAAGGAUUUGGAGAUCAACAGGCUGAGGGAUGAACUGUACCAGAAGGAACAUAUGGUAGAGGACAAGGCUGAUAUGUCAAGUGUUAAGAAAGAAAGUGAUGAAUUGAGUUCUGGUGAAGCUGCAAGUUGAGAUGCUCCAGUCUUUUAAACAAAUUUUGUAGAAACUGGUCUGGUUAUUUUGUUCCAGCAUCUUGUAUGUAUUUAGGAAAUAGUUCAAGUUUUGCUCUUGAAGUUUGAAAUUAUUCCAUAUUUCCAUUGAACGCUUGGGGAAUAAAUUAAUGAGCUAAGACUUCAUCUUUUGUGUAACUAUGUAGUUGGUGAAACAGAUUGAAUCUGUUGCAACUUCUUAUUCAUGUGAAGGAAACAGGUCAAAUGCAUUUGCAUCCACAA